UAUUUUGUCUCCCUUUUUAUUUCCUCCCCUCCUUCAAAGUCUGACACGUCCGCAGUGAGUGAGUGGCGUUGGCAGCCUGUCAAUCCGUCACCGGGAAGCCGGCAAGAGCGAAAUAACGGGGGAAGCAGCCGGAGCCAUAAAUCCCGCCCGGGAGUCCCGGCACCGGCCCCUCCAUACAUCUCUUCUCCUCAUCUCCCCUCAGUCGCCGCCGAGGAGGGGAAAAAACUUUUUUUGAUUGCUGCUCUGAGGCACCAUCAUCAUCAUCAUCCCCACACCGAGCACCUUAACCAUUUCUAUCACCUCUCUUCUUAUUACUCACAUUAAUACCUCACGUUGCUGCUGCUGCUGCUGCUGCUUCUCCCCCACCCGUGGCCACAAGUUUCAUUAACAUUUUUACAGACAGAUAUUUGUGCCGAGGUCAUUUUUUAUAUAUUUAUAUAUGUUUUUUUUUUUUUAUUUACUACUCCAUCGAUUUCAUUUUGGACCCUGCGAAAGGAGCUACAAUCAGUCACCGAUUAUUUAUUUCUCUCAGAAAGGAGAAUACUACUGGAGCAGCCGGAGAUUGGCAGCGCUCGGAGAUUGAAGAACUGGAAAACCCUGGUCCCGAAAUAAAAAAAAAAAUGGGGAUCGACAAAUGACCAUUGUGGACAGUGCCGAAAAAAAAUAAAUAGGAAAACCGUUUUCCUGAAGUUGAUCUUUUCCUUUUGAUUCAUUUGCUCUGCUGGCAAGAUUCAUGGAAUCGAAUAGAAACUUGAUUUGUUUUUGUCAAUUAAUAUUAAUAAAGCGAGCCUCAUAGACCCGACAGGAACUGCUGUGAAGGAACAUCUGUCACUACUACUACUACUAAUAGUGACGUAGAGGUUUGUGCUACAUUUUUACAUCUCUGUAGCAGAAUAUUAUUGUCUUUUUUGUUUUUUUUUCCUGAUUGGGAAUGCGUUAUUGGAAUAACGAAUUGAAAUAAAGACUGAAUUGGACAGCCGCCCGUGAUACUUCAAGAACUCAGAAGUCGCUCGCUAUCCUAUUGAAAGGAAUCAUGUUUGUGCUGUCAUUUUGGACUGACCUGCCAUUACCUGAAGAUUAAAAUCCAAGUAGAGAGACAAGAAGAAGCGGAGUUUCAUUUGCAACUUUUAAUGUGCCCUCUUGUCUCGUCCGCCUGAAUUACACGGAAUAAAAACUGGUAGUAGAGGAAAGAAGAAACUUGACCUCCUUCAAAAAGAUCAUUUUUAAAAUUAAAGAGUUUAGCUGCUAAAAGCGAUUGCACCUGUUAGUCAUUUUUAUGAAAACUCUCAUGUUGUGGUUUUGAUAUUUGGAUGAUAUUUUGCAUGGUGGGAUGAAAUACUAUCACAGACCUUGAUUUUAAACCACUCUAUCCUUAGAGACUGGGUAUCUGCUUGGAUUCUGACAGUUGACAUUGUUGAUGUGUGGGACAGUAACCCCACCGCGGUGCUGCCACUGGCUGUGAGGUCUCCUUACAGUCUGUGUUGUCAUUGAUUAGGCUGCGGAGAAGAGUAUGGACGAACAGACCAGGAUGAUGCAGACUUUGGCUGGAGCGGCCAUGGCUGGCCACUCGAUUCAAGGGGGAAUGACUUUACCUCCUCCCCAUAGUCACGAUGGGGGUGAUGGUGACGGCAGGAAGCAGGACAUUGGAGACAUCCUGCACCAGAUCAUGACCAUAACUGAUCAAAGCUUGGAUGAGGCACAAGCAAAAAAGCAUGCACUAAACUGCCAUAGGAUGAAACCAGCCCUCUUCAGUGUCUUAUGUGAAAUCAAAGAGAAAACAGGUCUCAGCAUCCGAGGAGCACAGGAAGAGGAUCCCCCAGAUCCUCAGCUCAUGAGACUAGACAAUAUGCUGUUGGCUGAAGGUGUUUCUGGACCAGAGAAGGGUGGUGGAGCAGCAGCUGCUGCAGCAGCAGCCGCUGCAUCUGGUGGCUCCUCCGAUAACUCUAUAGAGCACUCUGACUACAGAGCCAAACUUAGCCAGAUCCGACAGAUCUACCACACAGAACUGGAGAAAUAUGAACAGGCGUGCAAUGAGUUUACAACCCAUGUGAUGAAUUUACUAAGAGAGCAGAGCCGGACACGUCCCAUCUCUCCAAAGGAAAUAGAGAGGAUGGUGGGCAUUAUUCACAGGAAGUUCAGCUCCAUCCAAAUGCAACUGAAGCAGAGCACAUGUGAGGCAGUCAUGAUCCUGAGGUCAAGGUUUCUUGAUGCCAGGAGAAAAAGACGUAACUUCAGUAAGCAAGCCACAGAGAUCCUAAAUGAGUAUUUCUACUCCCACCUCAGCAACCCUUACCCAAGCGAGGAAGCCAAAGAGGAGCUGGCAAAGAAAUGCAGCAUAACAGUGUCACAGGUAUCCAACUGGUUUGGGAACAAGAGGAUACGAUACAAGAAGAACAUUGGUAAAUUCCAAGAAGAAGCCAACCUGUAUGCAGCCAAGACUGCAGUGAAUGCAGCUCAUGCAGUAGCUGCUGCUGUACAAAAUAACCAGACAAGUUCUCCCACUACACCAAAUUCUGGUUCUUCUGGUUCUUUUAAUCUCCCAAAUUCAGGCGACAUGUACAUGAAUAUGCAGAGUCUGAAUGGGGAUUCUUACCAAGGGGCCCAAGUUGGAGCCAAUGUGCAAUCACAGGUGGAUACCCUUCGUCAUGUUAUCAGUCAGACGGGAGGAUACAGUGAUGCAUUAGGUGGGAAUUCACUGUACAGCCCGCAUCACCUAAAUGCUAAUGGAGGGUGGCAUGAGACAGCAACCCCUUCCUCCGUCACCUCUCCCACAGAAGGGCCGGGCAGUGUAAACUCUGAUACCUCUAACUGAGCGAUUGUCUACAAGCUGAGGGUGCAACCAGGUUGACUGGAGAAGCACAUCUUUUGUGGCAAAGCAUCAUCACCAGUCUUAAUUCAAUACACAGUGAAGCAUCAUCCCAGCAUUUGGACGAGUUCACCUCUGCUCACACAAAUAGAGGAUAAAAUCAUGCCCAUGUCCAGCCACUGCUUAUCCUGAUUUGCUUAUGGACCUACGACCUCAAUGUAAAACCCAGCCGGGAGAAUCUGCAGGAUUCUGUUAAACCCCUACUGUUUUUGCAAGUAUCACCGUUAUGAAAGCACUUUAUCUAAUUGGGCCAAAAUCCGAAUUACAAUCUGUGAAAAGAUCUCCAGUCCACAUCAGCACUUUUUAAUUAAAUAGCUAAAUUAAAUGAAUAGUAGGCGCUUUAAAGCAAAAUGUUUGAAUAUCUCCUUACAGUUUCUGGGAUUCACUGCAAAGAGGCAUUUAAAAUAUUUUUUUUUUUAAUUAUCUUUAAAAACACAUUACUCAGUGGGAUUAGUUGAAGAUGCAUCAACUAUUUGGAAUUAAUUUUCUCUGGUUGUGAAAUCACGCCAUAAUAUUGCUCCCAAACACAGUACCCAUGCAAGGAGAGUAGAGAUUUUAAAAAAAAUCUACUUAAAACAUCAUUUAACUUGACUAAGGCUAGGCACCUUGUAAUAUGGACAGAGCUACAGUGUCGUUCAUCCCUCCCUACCUGAUAAAGAUACAUUGUUGUUUAUGAGUGCUGAUGGUUGCCUAUCCCCUGUCUCUUAUGUGCAAAUAACUAUUGUUAAUUCUAAUAUAAAAUUAGUUAGAUGUGAUUACAACCAUAUCAGUAAUUUAGGAAUAUACUGUAUAUACACACAUUAGAAUUGCAUUUUGGGAUAUGAAAAGCAAAAGCAAUCAAAACAGAACAAGAACCCUACCAUUUUUAAUGUAUAUAGCUAUUGUCUCAGCUUCAUACUGAAUGUCCCCCCCUCCCCCAACAGAUUUCUACUUUUUAGAUGGCAAGGUGUCACCAUUUUAUACCACACUAACAGACCAAAGAUUUGAGAACUCUGACAUUAAGUGUUAAUAAGGGGUUUUGCCGGUCAUUUUCUUAUACAACAAACCAGAAUUUAUUUUGAAAUAUUACAAAUUUUUUUUUGUUUUAAUCUUUUCAGGCGUUUCCGGAUGCACCCGAUUUGUUGGUUUUUUUUUUGCAGUUGUCAAAACAGGAAAAUUAGUACUCUCUAAUAAGAAAGGAACUUCGAAACAAAUGCAUCUUCAACUUACUUUAGGCUGAUGGUUCAUGGAGUUCUUUUGUGGCAAGUCGUGCGUUUCCCUUAUAAAUCAAUGGGAGACAGAAUGGGUUGAUUCUGGACCUUUCAGUUGGCUAUGAAGGCCCCCAUGUAUCAUCGGUCUAAGGUUAGUGGCACACUGGGUACUUUCAGGAACUUGGGGGUGUCACAUUUUGAUGCAGUCCCAAAAAAGGACCCGUCUUGACUUGCUUGGGAAUUGCCUGUUAGAUAAUACAUUUCUAGAAAAGCAGCAAUUGCUUUUGCUACCGGUAAUUCCAGUAUAAGUGAGCGGGUGCCGUAUCGGGUGCUUUGGUUCCUUUAAGACUGCUUCAAAAUGAUGUGCCUGAGAAUGCCCCGUGUGUCAUUUAAAGCCAACUCUUGGACUAUCACUGCAGUGUGUGUGUAAUCUCAUAUUUGCCAAAAGGCCUCUUUGCAGAUUUGUUUUUAGGAACAAAAAGAAAAAAAAAAGGGUUUGUAUAUUUCUCCAUGUGGCAUUUUACAGUAAGCGGUUAAAUGCUGUAAAGGGGUUUGUUAAAAUCUGCAACUUCUAGUGGCAAAAGAAGUAUUGUAAAUAUUGUAGCUAAAGAGAAUUUAUACAUUGUCACUGAGCUAAACAGCUUUAUUUACCUCAUAAAAACUCAUAGGAACCAACAGACAUGUCAUGUGUAGUUUAGUGUGCCCACUUACUACCUCUAAAUCACACGCGUAGUCUGUCUUAAACUUUCUCAUUGUGUAAAAAAAAUUCGGAGAUUGAGUGACGUCCCUGUAGGAAUAAGGGGGUAUAUUGUAUAGCAAUACUGAGUAUAUGAAAACAAAAGAUUUUCAAAUGUUUAAUAUUGGAAUGCUUAAUUUCCUGGGGCUUUCUAGAUCUUAUUAAACGUCCCCAUUGAAUGUCUCCUAGUGUCUUAUAUUAGCUCUCUAUGUGACCCCAGCUAUUGAUCCAUUGAAACCUCUUCCUUUUAACUCCUUUUGUUUGUCCCCAUAAGUCCUCAUUUUGCUCACUAUACCCUCCCUGUAACGUUUCCUUUUUUAUAUAAUUACACCCUAAAACGUCACCUUUUCAUAACUAGUCCUUUUACUCAAUUUAGUCACAUGUGUUGCAUCUCCUUGACUCCUUCCCUGUACCAAAACAACAUGAAGUAAGUGUACUGCCAAAGUGUAAAUGCUCACCCAGUAUGACAUGGGCUCUAGGUGCACAUGCUGCACACCAGAAAACUUGAGGUGCUAAGCUAUAUCCCAAUUUUUAGCAGGCACUCAAAGAAUCUCACAAAGAAAUCUUAUAAGGAAAACAGCCUAACACAUUUUGUGCUUUCCAGCAAUUUAGGGGGUUAUUUAUUAAGGUUUAAGUUGAGUUUUCCACAAAAAUGAGAGUUUUCUAGGUCUUUUUUUUUUUAAUCAAAAAUCUAAUUUUUGUG